AAACAAAAGAACGGCAAGUAAACAUAUGGGCCGCCCAGGGAGCUGAUGCAACUUGUUCUUUCGUUAUUCAGGACUGGUGCGGCACACAGGCGUCAUGGCACCGCCUGGCAAUCCCAGGCCCAAGAGAACUGGCAAGGCUGCCAAGAAUCGGAGCUCUCAGACAGAGAACCAUCCGGAUUCUGAGCUGCGGCAUUCUCCCGAUGGACCACCUGCAGAGAGGCCAGUGUCAGCAGCCUGUCCACUGAAAGCUUCCUUGGAAAAGUAUCCUGAAAGACCCCUUAAGGUGGCCAAUUCCCAGCAAGGAUCUCCAGUUGCAGGGGCCAAAGGCAAGGACUCUCCCAAGAAUUCAGCACCUCAGAGGAAGGGCUUGAAUCCUGAGGGCAAGCUGGCCAAGAGAGCCCAGUCUAAAGGAUCUGGAUCAGCCACUCCGAGGCGAGCAAAAGGGCAACCUUCUUCCUCGCCAACUACCAAUGCACAGGUCCUUCAAUCCUCACCCUCAGCAGUGUCAGUAGUUGCAGACUCAACUGCCUCAACAAAGCACGUAUUAGAGAAAAGUGCUGAGAUAACGGAGCCAAGGCUAGCUAAAUUGUCUACCACUUGUCCAUCAAGCACUGAGAAGAAACAGGUAAAGAUGUCUGACAAAAAGCUGGAUAGUCUUUGCCAGUUGCUGGAAAAUAUAGUCUUGCAACAUGGGGGUAAAGAGAUGUCUUCAGGUGGAACCAAGCCUGUUAGUGUCCCUCAGCAAAAUCAGAAUACAGCUGCUGAGGUGUCUUCAGUCACAAAAUCUGCCUCUGGACCACCAUCAUCAAAAGUUGAAGGUGAUAAAGAGCAGCCUGGUGAGGAGAAGUCAAGAGAAGAAAUUGGUACAGAUGAGAGCACAAAGGAAAACAAAAAGCCACCCCCUCAAAGCCAGAAGGAAGCCAAGGCCCAGAGCAAGCCAACAGAGGAGAAAGCAGCACCUCCACAGCAGUCUAAGCAGGGGCAGGAGCCACAGCAGAAAGAAGGGGUUCAAGAUAGUAAUGGCAAGUCCAAAAGAGCCAGCCUCAGUCUCAAAAGAUCACUCGUGAGGAAUCUAAAAAAGGACCACAAAUCAAGAAGUUUGGUGAAGGGAGGCGCACGAGGGACAAGAAGAGUGUGGAGAAGGACAGCUCACGAAGAAUCCCAUUGCUCGGCCAUCUCACUCCUUACACGUCGCAUCCACCAUCACUGCCUGUCAACUGUGAUUCCAUCCAUCCUGCUAUAAGGACUCUCGGUCAAAAGAUGAAGGACCGUGUUGUGGAUGGGUCAACUGCACGAGUAAUUGCAACAUUAGCUGCUCUGAAGCGAUUCAUCAAUGACUACAGAACACCUGAGUCUUGUGACCUCUCCAGAGAUCUUGCAGAGAAAAUAGUGCCCAAUGUGGCACACCUCCAUGCAUGUCGCCCUCUGGCAAUUGCAAUGGACAAUGCUGUCAGAUUUUUGAAGCACAAGAUAAACAGCAUCGAGCCAAAUGUCCCCGAGGCACAGGCCAAAGACCUGCUACGCACAGCCAUUGAUGAGUAUGUUUGCGAUAACAUCAACCUCGCUAGCAGCACUAUAGCCACUCAUGCUGCCCAGUUGCUCAAAGAUGGAGAUGUUAUUCUUACAUUUGGCUAUUCAGCCCUCGUUUGCGACAUGGUUGAAACGGCACGGAAUGGCAGCAGUUGCAUGAAUGUGAGUGUUGUGGUUGCAGACUCACCCUUUCCUCCCACGGGUUCAGAUAUGGUCAAGCAACUGGCUGCUAUGGGUGUUCCCACAUAUUACCGUCUCAUUACAGAUGUCACCCACAUUAUGCACAAGGUAACCAAGGUAGUUGUAGAGGCAGAAUCUGUCAUGAUGAAUGGCGCAGUGCAGGGAAUGUGUGGGACAGCAGGACUGGCUCUUGCUGCUGCCACACAUGACACACCCUUCAUUGUCCUCUGUCACACAUACAAGUUUAGCAAUAAUGAUCUCACUGAUUCUUUGGUGGUGAAUGAAUUAGGGGAUGCGAAUGGCAUUGUGAAUUGCCCAUCCAGGGAAUACUGUGAUCUCCUGACUGAUUGGAAGGACACACAAAAUCUAAAUGUAGUGCGACUAGUGUAUGACGUGACGCCAGCUGGCCUAGUGACGGUGCUGGUCACAGAGCAGAGUGUUCUCCCAACCUCUGCUGUACCAGUUAUCAUCCGACGUAAUUACGCAGAUAUUCUUGGACAAGAUUAGGCGUUUGUAUUGGUGUUAGGAAUAUUAACUGAAAUAAGGUUAUGGAUGAGCUUUUAUGUUUUCACAUUUGUCAAAAUGCCUUUAUUUUUUUUCAUUCUACAAUUGCUGUUGUCUUGUCAUAUAGUUAAUAUUAACUUAUUUUGCUUUUCUGGUGAAAAGGUAUGUGAGAGUUAUGAAAGCUCUGUCUUCAUAACUUUUACUGAGAAGCUCAAGUAAAUUUUUUUCUUCUUUCUUGUACGAGAGGAAUUUCUAAUUCAAUGACAUUUUUAGCAGUUAUUAAAGCCAAUACUUAAUGAGUGUUACUUUCCCCCCUUAAGAAAAUGAAUAACUGAAAGGUGCCUGUACACAUACAGGAUGAAAAUGUUAUAUUUGUUAAUCAGUUAUUACUCUUUAUUGUCAAAGAAUUUACUGUUAGAAGUUUUAUGGUUUUAUUGUACAUAGAAGAUAAAGGAAAAGGUGUACAAACUGUGAAGGUUUAUGAAUUGAUAUUUAUGUUAUCUAGAGCAAGAAAAAAUCUUUAAACUACAAUAUGCAAAUUCUCUUACUGAUUUUAAAAUGGUUUUGUAAGUGAUAAAAAUGUCAGCCUGUUUGUAAAAAAAAAUAAAUAAAAAGAGUGUGGUUAAA